UCUGUUCAUUUUCCUUGCCAGCCAGUCUGUGAACAAAACCUUGGCAGAACACCUCCCUGGCUCCAUUAGUUAUGGGAAGGAAUUCUACUGCCAGAGAAGUACACUGUGUCUAAGGAAGCCCUGGAGGUCCCAGGGGAAUGGAAAUGUUCUCCUCUACAAAUGGGUCAGGCCAGAGACUUCUGCCUACCUGCCGACCUACCAGAGACCCUUAGAGGGAUCGGGGCAAGAAGAGCAUGAUCCUUGCACAGGAGCUCAUGGCCAGAUCCCUCUCCCAAACGGACAUCAGAACAAAGGGUCACAGUGGAACAGCAGAGGGAUAGCAGGCACUGUGUAUGGGGACAGUGGGGACAGUCAGGAGCUCUGGCUUGCCCUGGAAGUUCACAGACUGGAUGUCUAACCCCUUCCCAGGCCUACCUGCUCCCAUUCCCCUUCUGUUCCUUAGCAGCAGGAGGGCUGGACUAGGAGAAGGGGCUUUUCCUAGGGGACAAGACUGUCAUGGGGGAAGGUGGGAUAAAGAAGAUGAGGGGAGGGUGGAGUCAGUUAUCACUGUCAUCUCACCUGACAGGUCAGGCUUUAGUGCAGGGCUGCCUUGCUUGGCUGAGUCAAUCAGGCCAGAGGCGGGUUGAUGGGAUAAGGGCCAAAUAUUGCCAGAGUGGUGUGGCUCCUUCAUAAAGAGAGGAUGAGCUGCUCGGACUUCAGCAUGAGUUUCAGAGCCAUGGCCGAGAUGAAUGGAAUCCUUAUUUUGGGAAUCCUGCUAUCCAUCUCCAGCUGCCUUGCCUUCUAUGAGGACCUUGACAAGUGUUUCCAGGACCCUAAUUAUGAGACCUUCCUUCUCACAGCCCAGAACGGGCUCCAUACCUCCCCACUGUCCAAGCAUGUGGUGGUCGUGGGAGCCGGCGUAGCAGGCCUAGUCGCAGCUAAGACCCUACAGGAUGCUGGGCACAAGGUAACCAUCUUGGAGGCCAGUCACCACAUCGGAGGUCGGGUGGCCACAGUCAGAAACAAGGAGGAAGGCUGGUACUUUGAUCUAGGACCCAUGCGAAUCCCGGAAAGUCACAAGCUAACCCACACCUAUGUCAAGAAAUUUGGCCUGAAGCUGAAUAAGUUCAUCCAGAAUAAUAACAACACCUGGUACCUACUCAAUGGACACCGUUAUCGUGCCUGGGAAGUCAAGGCUAACCCAGAGAUCUUGGGCUACCCCGUGAACUCCACUGAGAAGAGCAAAACUGCCCAAUACCUCUUCCAGCAAGCCAUCACUAAGGUCAAAGAACAUAUGAAGACAUUCACCUGCAGCCAACUGAUAUCCUUUUAUGACUCUUACUCCACCAAGGCUUAUCUGAUGAAGGAAGGAAGGUUGAGCAAAGGCGCAAUCGAGAUGAUCGGGGAUGUGAUGAAUGAGAAUGUUGGGUACUACAAGUCCUUCCUGGAGUCCCUAAGGACUGCUAGCCUCUUCUCCAGAAAUGAUGAAUUUUCAGAGAUCACCGGUGGCUUUGACCAACUGCCCAAUGGCUUUAAUGCCAGCCUGAAGCCUGGCACCAUCCAUCUGAAGUCCAGAGUAGAAACAGUGGUGAGAGAUGGGCCUCAGGUCAAAGUUUUGUACCGCACAGAUGGGCCCACCUCCACACUGCACCAACUCACUGCUGACUACGUCAUCAACUCAGCCUCAGCCAAGGCCACACGCCUCAUCACCUUCCAGCCACCCCUGUCCCCAGAUAAAACACAAGCCCUGCGCUCCGUGCAUUAUAUCAGUGCUACCAAGGUGGGUUUGGUGUGCAACAAAUGCUUCUGGGAACAGGAUGGCAUCCGGGGAGGCAACUCCAUCACAGACCGGCCCGCACGCCACAUUUACUAUCCUAGCCACAGCCUGCCAGGUGGCAAGUGUGUCCUGCUGGCCUCUUACACUUUGGGCGAUGAUUCCUCCUUCUUGACUGCCAUGAAGUCCAAACAGGUGGUGAAUAUUGUCCUGGACGACCUGGCGGCAAUGCACCACAUACCCAAGGUGGAGCUAAAGCGCAUGUGCCCAAAAGCGGUGGUCAAGCACUGGUCUCUGGACCCCUUCACCAUUGGUGCCUUUGCCCAGUUCACACCCUACCAAACUGUGGACUAUUCGGAGCAGCUCUUCCAGCCAGAGGGCCUCAUCCACUUUGCUGGAGAGCACACCUGCCUGCCCCAUGGCUGGAUAGACACUGCCAUCAAGUCUGGCAUCCGGGCUGCCAUGAACAUUCAGGCCAUAGUGAACAAGGAGGCUACUCAGGGACAGGUGCCUUUCUAGAGGCCCUUUACCAACAAUCAGGGUGGUUUUUCCCUAAAGAACGGGCUCUAGGAGAGUCUGGCGGAGUGGACUGGAAGGUGAAAGCCAGCAGAACCAGAGCCAGCAAGAGAGAGGUCACCCACUGGCCCCUUGUCUGCAACCAGGAUCCUAGCUGGGAAGCUGACAAGAGACAUCACCCCUUUCCUAUCUCACUCCCUGCCUAGCUCUCUACAAGAAACAACAGAGCUGGGGUGCAUGGAGGCAUGAGUGGGAGUCAAGGCUGGGGAAUCCUGCAAUCAUCCCUUAGCUUGAAACAAAUUGUCUCCUGCUACAAAACAAUAACAAGUAAAAAAUAAAAACUUCACCACC